AUGACAAAGCCAGAACCGUUGAGGUUUCGAGUUGUAGUGCUUGGCUCGGCCAAAGUUGGCAAAACGUCGAUUAUCAAACGGUUUUUGAAUAAUGAAUACAUGGAGAGGUACAGAGAGACUGUGGAGGAUCUACACAGUAAGGAGUUUACUGUCAAGGUAAGUUUUGUCUUAUUUUUUAAAAUUUUUUUAAAAUUUUUAUUUUUUUGAAUUAUUCAAAUUUUUUUGUCAUUUUAAUGACAUAGUGCAAACCUCCCCCCCCCCUCUUCCAGACAUUUUUACUCAAAUUUUAAUUAUAAUCUUGUUGUUAUGUCAUGUUAGUCAUAAAAACAGUCACGUUUCUCAUACAUAAUUCCCAAAAUCCAAAGCAGACAGGAGGGGGUAAGAAUUAAGAAGUGUUAGUUUUAAUAUUUCAAUAGCAUCACAUAGUAAACAAUGUGACGGAAGAGGAAGAAAUGUAGUCAAAAUAAGGAAAACAAUCAUCUUUAGGGCUUAAAAAGUAAAAUUUUUUUAAAAAAUAUGAUGGUUUUUAAAAACUUAAAAGGAAAAAGUCAAAAGUUGCAAUUUUUUGUAAAAAAAGGGCUUGCAGCCUACGCCCAUACUUUAAACAAGUUCUGCAGCCUGCGGAAAUCACUUUUCUUGACAAAAAGUAAAUCAAUGUAAAAGAUUAUGUUUGUACAAUGUAGUGAAUGCCAAAUUGAACUAAAAUAAUCAUUUUUUAUUUUUCCAGCCCGCGCCCUAUAAAAAAACAAGAAUUGCAGCCUGCAACGUCAAGAAAGCCUGCUUUUACAGCCUGCGCCCGCAAAAACCCAAUUUUUGUUCAAAAUAAAAUUAAAUUUUAAAUUUUAAACUUAUAAAUAUACUUUAAAAUUUAUAAUUUCCAGAACAUACCAGUGGUAUUAGACAUAUUGGACACCAACUUCAAUUUCCCUGACAUGAGAAGAGUGGCCAUUGCCUCUGCCAAUGCCUUUAUCAUUGUAUUCGGCGUUGAUGAAGUUCAAAGUUUCAAAGAAAUGAGUGAUUUGUGGCAAGAAGUAUCUGAACGACGGAACGACUUCAGAGAACUGCCAUCUGUGAUCGUGGGGAACAAGGAGGAUGCUCCGAACAAAAAGGUACCUACUAUUAGGUUGUCCGGAAAGUUCUGCAAUAUUUCAGUAGGUAAACUUUGAAAAAUCAGGAAAAAUUUAUUUCUUGACGGAAAGAAAAAAUUCUUUUUUUGUUUGUUUGUUUGUUACCUAAAUUAUUCAAAAAGGUAAGUUACAUAACUUAAUUUCAUUUUUUUGUAUUGUUUUAGGUAUUAGAAAAAAUGGAGAAAUCUCGCCUGCGCGUGAUUAUAUGGAAUGAAUUCAAACGCGGAAAUACUGCGGCAGAAACCUUCAGAAUCAUAAACGAAAAUGAGGGUAAGAAUGUUGUGAGUUAUUCUACGGUGACCAGAUGGUUCGCAAAGUUUCGUGUGGACGAUGAGAAGCUUGAAGACAAACCACGUGCAGGAAGACCCAGCAAACUUGACAAAGAUGCCCUGAGGCGCAAGAUUGAAGAUGACCCACAUAUUACAAUCCGGGAGUUAGAAGAGUUACUAAACUGUGGAAAAAGUACCAUUGGUGAUCAUUUGAAGGCAAUUAUGGUCAAAAAGUUGGACAAAUGGGUGCCUCACAAUUUGACUGAUCUGGGAAAAGCCAAGAGACGAUGUGCUUCCGAAAAGCUUCUGCAACGCUGCAAAAACGAAGAAUUCUUGGAUCGAAUUGUAACUAUUGACGAGAAGUGGAUCUCGUUUAACAAUACUAGAAGAUCUACAAGUUGGUGUAAGCGUGGAGAAGCUCCUAAGCACGUUCCGAAGCCAGAAUUGCACGAAAAGAAGCUUAUGGUGACUGUCUGGUGGUGUAGCUCUGGAGUGAUCCAGUACCAUUUCAUGACACCUGGCCAAAGUAUUACGGCCGACACCUACUGUGCCCAGAUUGACAAACUGCAACACAAUCUUCCAACAAUGGUCAGAAGGAGGGGUCCGAUCAUUCUGCAGGAUAACGCACGGCCCCAUGCUGCAAAGAAGACCGUGGCAAAAUUCAGGGAACUGGGAUACGAAGUCUUGGAGCACCCUCCUUAUUCUCCAAACUUGGCUCCAACGGACUUUCACCUUUUUGAACACUUGUCUUCGUUUCUUAAUGGAAGAAUCUUCAAAACUCCAGACGAUGCCAAGAAUGCCUUUAAGAACUUCAUCAACUCCAGAAACCCGGAAUUCUACAAUCGUGGAAUAAAAAAGCUUGUAAAUCGUUGGCAAGACUGUAUUGAUUCAGACGGUAAUUACUUUGAUUGAUUGUAGUUGUUAAUUAUAUUGUUAUUAUUGUUAGUUCAAAAGUGAAUAAAUAUUGCAGAACUUUCCGGACAACCUAAUAUAAUAUAGGAAAAUAGGUUUUUUGGCUAGGAAAUUGGGCUUGAUGUAGAAUUAAUGACUUUUUAGCUAGAUGAUAAGGUUUUUUGAAGCUUUGUUUGUUAUAUUAUAUAUAUUUAUAUUAUCCUUUAUAUUGACUUAGAUUGAUGCAAAAAGAAUGGCGUUUUGAGCCAUAUAAUGAAGUUUUUUGAUUCUUCCUUAUAUUAGAACAUUUUUAGUUAUAUUAUUCUUUAUAUUAUCUUAUAUUAACCUUUAUAUUUCUUUACAUGGCCUUCAAUAACCUACAUUGUUACAGAUAUACGAAGCCACAGCGAACGCCUGGACCUCACGCCUGAACGCGAACGUGCGCUACGUGGAAACAUCGGCAAAAACCGGGUCGAAUGUAAAGAAAAUCUUUGCCGAUUUGCUGGAAUUAAGCCGUUUCCCCGAAGGCUACGAAAUCCCUGAAAUUCCGAUAAAACAAACACCUUCUAGGACCAAUUCACAAAAAGACAAGUUGAAGAAAAUCAAGGAAAUACAUUCGACUACUAACAAUGAAGUAGGCCUUAUUUUGAAGUUUUUCUUUGUAAAAUACGCUAAUUUUAGUAGGAGGGUAUUUUUUACGGUUAAAAAUUGAUUUAGAUACUGGAACUCGCGUAUAACGAACUUCACUAUAAGGAAACUCUCGGAUAACGAAAAAUUUUAAAUUUAAGGUUGAUUAGUUAUACAGGUGUUUAAUGUAGAUUUUUUAGAAUUUUGAAAUUAAAAAAUAUUUUUUUUUAGAUUUUUUUAAAAAUUUUUUAAAAAUAUAUUUUAAAUUUUCAGGAAGAAGAAGAGCUAUGUGAAAGAAUAUCAACCGGGUUAACCUUGCCAUUUGAUCGAAUUGGAGUUUUGAGGAGAAAUCACUCGGUUCGGGUAAGUGUUUGGCCAUAAAAUCAAUAAUGGCGUGCUGUGAAACUUUACCUCUGUGGUACUAUACCUGUGUGCUAUCGUUUAUUCUGUCAGCUUUAGAGUAUGGUUAGGUUAAAUUUACCUUACGUUAUUUUACCCUACAGUAUCUUAUCCUACUGUACCUUACUCUGCUCUACCCUACCUUGCCCUGCCGUACCUUAUCCUACUCUACCCUACACUGUCUUACCCCAUCCUGCCAAACUCUACUCCAGCCUGCUUGACUUUACUUUACCUUAACCUACCUUUCUUUGCUUUCGCCUGAUUUGCCUUGCACUUCUUUACUUUACCUUAUCAUACCCCAACUUGCGCCAUCAUAACUUACUCUGUCAUACCGUAUAUUAUCCUACUCUGCUUUGCCCUACCCUACCAUACUCUUUUCUACCCUACCCUAUUUUAUCUUGCCUUAUCCUACUCUAACUUUUCGUGCAUUUAUUACCUAAAACUAACCCUACUAACCUUAAAUCUUCAUAAAAUCUCUUCAAACGUAUUCCCUUUCUACUACUUCCUUACUGUCCACUUUCCUCAGGAGCUAACCCCAUUAACCCGUUAACGUUUUGGUGCUGACUUUAGGUUUUCCAGUUGAAUCGAAAAGUACCGGUCGAUAGCAAUCAAUCACGGGACGAUGAGUCUGUAUUCAGACAUAAGGGUAGCCUGAUACGACGCACCAAACAUAUGUCAUUGAAGUUGCACAAAAGUGACACGAGCAAGGUGAUUCAAUCACAGGCCAAAGAGAAUGAACAAGAAUUGUCAGACUGUCGUGUCAGUUGA